ACAAGUCUACUCGCCACAUUGCUGAUCUGUAACUUACUCUUCUAAAAUACGCAGCGUUCUGUGCACGCGAACGCGUUCUACAAUAUCAAGUCCCAAUUUAUUUCCGGUAUUAUAAUAAAAAUAACCUCAAAAGAAAACAGCAAGUGAAUUUACCGUAGGUAUAUCAAACUGUACUACAAAAUGAAGCCUCCUUACAAAAUCGCUGACGAGAAAUUGGCUGAAUGGGGCCGAAAAGAAAUUAUGUUAGCAGAGAAAGAAAUGCCAGGCCUUAUGGCAUGUCGUCGGAAAUAUGCUCCAGCUAAAAUACUCAAAGGUGCCAGAAUAGCCGGCAGCUUACACAUGACAGUACAAACAGCGGUUCUUAUUGAGACUUUAAUAGAAUUGGGAGCAGAGGUACAAUGGUCCAGCAGUAACAUUUAUAGUACACAAGACGAGGCCGCAGCUGCACUGGUUGCCGUAGGAAUACCCAUCUAUGCCUGGAAGGGAGAAACUGAUGACGAGUAUAUUUGGUGUAUUGAACAAACAUUGAUCUUCCCUGAUGGAAAGCCUCUCAAUAUGAUCUUGGAUGAUGGGGGUGACUUAACAAACUUAGUCCACACUAAGUACCCCGAUCUUUUAAAAGACGUAAAAGGUAUCACUGAAGAAACUACAACCGGGGUACAUAAUUUGUACAAAAUGUUCCGAGAAGGACUUUUAAAAGUUCCUGCAAUCAACGUUAACGAUUCAGUAACAAAAAGCAAAUUCGACAACUUGUAUGGAUGUAGGGAGUCUUUGCUCGACGGAAUCAAAAGGGCAACAGACAUAAUGAUUGCCGGGAAAGUUUGUGUAGUGGCAGGUUAUGGUGACGUAGGAAAAGGAUGCGCCCAAGCGUUCAAAGGUUUUGGCGGUAGAGUGAUCGUUACCGAAAUCGAUCCCAUCAACGCACUUCAGGCCGCAAUGGAAGGUUUUCAAGUGACUACUAUGGAGGAAGCCGCUGAAGUGGGUCAAAUCUUUGUCACCACGACGGGAAAUAUUGACAUUAUAUGCAAAGAACAUCUUCUUAGAAUGAAGGACGAUGCAAUUGUGUGCAACAUUGGUCACUUUGAUUGCGAAAUUGAUGUUGCAUGGCUAGAUAACAACGCAAAAAAAGUUAACAUCAAACAACAUGUUGAUCGUUAUGAAUUAGAAAAUGGUAACCAUAUUAUUGUUCUUGCUGCAGGAAGACUGGUUAAUUUAGGUUGCGCAACCGGCCAUUCCUCUUUUGUAAUGUCUAAUUCAUUUACAAAUCAAGUCCUAGCUCAGAUAGAGCUGUGGACCAAAGCAGACACAUAUCCAAUAGGUGUCCACACACUACCUAAGAAACUUGACGAGGAAGUAGCUGCCUUGCAUUUGGAUCACCUUGGUGUAAAACUGACGAAGUUAACACCUAAACAAGCCAAAUACAUUGGUGUCUCUCGAGAAGGACCUUACAAGCCAGAUCAUUACAGAUAUUAACUUGCUGCUAAUCUAUGUAUGUAC